AUGGGAAAAUCUAAGAUAGCACCGGCUAAGAAGAUAUCUGUUCCGAGACUAGAGUUAUGUGGUGCUUGGUUAUUAGCUCGCCUUCUUGCGUUUGCGCAAGAUAACUUGUCCGCAAUCAAUAUAGAAAAGGUUACCGCGUGGUCGGACUCCACAGUAACGCUACAUUGGAUAAGAAGUUCAACCUCACGACUCAAAACAUUCGUAGCAAAUCGAGUAUCCAAAAUUCAAGACCAGACUCUUGUGGAAAGUUGGCGUCACGUACCAACCAAUGACAACCCAACGGACUGUGCAUCCCGUGGGCUCAGACCCGACCUUUUAGCCGGCCACGACAUAUGGUGGCAUGGUCCUCCGUUUCUCCGACAACCUAAAAGAGAAUGGCCUGUGGAAAGUACGGUGAGUCCUAUUAGUUGUUCAGAGGAAGAAAAGGAAGAAAAACCUAUUACGCUUUUGUCCCAAGGAAAAGAGGAAGACUGCCGGCUUCUUUAUCAAUCAGACAACUUACCAAAAGUUUUAAGACUCACCGUUUAUUGGUUAAGACUUCGAGAUCGUCUUGGAAAAAAAUCGUCCUUACCGAUCACUUCUCCACCUACUACAGACGAAAUGGACAGAGCACUUCGAUCCUUAGUACGCUGGACUCAAAACAUAUAUUUUUCCGACGAGGAAAAAGAGCUCUCCAUGGGAAAACCAGCUCGGAAACAUUUAAGAAAAUUAACACCGUUUUUGGACGACGACCACUUGCUGAGGGUGGGCGGCCGUUUAGGAUAUGCCGAAAUCCCAUACAAUGAAAAACAUCCCUUAUUGUUGCCAAAGUCUGCGCGAUUGACUGAACUCCUAAUAGACUUUACCCACCGGAAAAACGGACAUCCAGGUCCACAAACGAUACAAUAUUUACUACGUCAAAAUUACUGGAUCCUUUCAUCCCGAAGUGUCAUCAAACAAAGAAUCCAUCGAUGCAUACCGUGUUUCCGUGCGAAACCUCGCCUGGCCCAACCUAUUAUGGGAAACCUUCCGUCUUUUCGUAUUUCCCAAAUAAAGCCAUUUAGUAGAACCGGAGUAGAUUUUGCUGGACCCUUCCAGGUAAAAGCAGCAAUGAUUCGAAAAAUAAAGGUCACAAAGGCGUACAUUUGUAUUUUUGUAUGUAUGGUAACAACAGCAGUUCACAUUGAACUAGUUUCCGACCUAUCGACUCCAUUGUUUAUAGCUGCACUUGAUCGGUUUAUUGGACGAAGAGGGAGAUGCACAGACAUUUAUAGCGAUUGUGGAACGAAUUUCAUAGGAACGAACCGUUAUCUACAAGAAGUAUACUCCAUACUGAAAGGACCUCGCUGUGUUGAAAAUGCGGUCGAUAAUCAAAUCCGCUGGCAUUUCAACCCGCCAGCCUACCCUCACAUGGGUGGUUUAUGGGUGGCUGCCGUAAAAUCAACGAAAACUCUUUUACUACGAAUUAUUCAAGACAGGGUCCUGACGUAUGAAGAACUUAAUACCGUACUGCACCGAGUCGAGUCAACCCUCAAUUCUCGCCCACUUAGUUCCAUGUCUUCUGACCCGAAUGAUUUCCAAGUCCUCACAGCAGGACACUUUCUAAAUAUGGCACCAUUGGUAUCCGUUCCUGCACCCCACGAUCCGGUUGAACUUAGCAGUAUAAGUAGGAGUAAACGCUGGUCAUUAAUACAACAAAUUCACCAACAUUUUUGGAUCCGGUGGCAGAGAGAAUACGUACUAUCCCUGCAUGAGAGAUCCAAAUGGACCCGUCCUAAUCCCAACCUCCAAGUGGGAGAUCUGGUAUUAGUGAACGAACCAAGUGCCCCUCUGACCUGGCCUACAGCCUGA